CCAUCAUGGCGUCUCCCAGCGGCAGCCGGCCGCAGCCCGGCGGGCAGGGCGGUGCUGGCGGCGGGGCCGGGGCCGGGCCCGGAGCCGGGCCGGCGGCUCUGCGGGGCGCUGAGGAGGACGCCGAGGGGUUAUAUGUGGCGGUGGAGCGGUGCCCGCUCUGUAACACCACCCGCCGCCGCCUUACCUGCGCUAAGUGCGUUCAGAGCGGCGACUUCGUCUUCUUCGACGGUCGCGAUUCCGAGAGGUUUUCAGACAAGAAAGAAAGGCUGAUACAUCUUAAAAACAAACAGAGAGAAUUCCAAAAACAUGUUUUGAAGGCCAUGGAAGGGAAAGAGAUAACUGACCAGCUGAGAUGGAAAAUAAUGUCUUGCAAGAUGAGGAUUGAGCAGCUGAAACAGACCAUUUGCAAAGAAAAUGAUGAAAUGACAAGACACACAGAGGGCCUUCUGAGAAUUAAAGAGGAGAACCAGAAGCAUUAUCGCAGGGCUCAGCGGCAUCAGGAGAAGAAAGAGAAGAUCCAGAGGCAUAACCGCAAGCUGGGAGACUUGGUAGAGAAAAAAACCUAUGACUUGAAAACCCAGUACGAGCAUCUGGCAAGUCUGCGUCGGAUGCACAUCCUGGAGCUCACCUCAGUCAUAUUUCCCAUUGAAGAAGUGAAGACAAGCACAAGAGAUCCUGCAGAUGUGUCUUCUGAGAGUGACAAUGCUAUGACCUCUAGCACUGUGAGCAAGCUUGCAGAAGCCAGGAGAACCACAUAUCUCUCUGGGAGAUGGGUGUGUGAUGAUCACAAUGGGGACACCAGCAUCAGUAUCACAGGGCCUUGGAUAACUCUUCCUAAUAAUGGAGACUACUCAGCAUAUUACAACUGGGUGGAAGAGAAGAAGACUACACAAGGACCAGAUAUGGAACAUAAUAACCCUGCUCAUACCAUCAGUGCUGCAUUGUGCUAUGCAACUCAGUUUGUUAACACUUUGUCUCUCAUACUCGAUGUCAAUCUUCCCAAGAAGCUCUGCAACAGCGAGUUCUGCGGAGAGAACCUCAGCAGACACAGGUUCACACGGGCAGUGAAGAAGCUGAAUGCUAAUAUCCUGCAUCUUUGCUUCUCUCAGCAUGUGAAUUUAGACCUGUUGCACCCACUGCAUACCCUCAGGAACCUCAUGUACCUGGUCAGCCCAGACACUGAGAACUUGGGCAGGUCUGGGCCUUUUGAAAUCAGUGCUGAUCUUGAAGACUCCAUGGAAUUUGUGGAUCCCAGUGCUGCUGCUGAAACGGAUGAGAGCGGAGAUGAGCACGUCAGUGAUGAAGAGACUGACCUAGGGACAGAUUGGGAGAACCUGCCAAGCCCCAGGUUCUGCGAUAUCCCCUCUCAGCAGGUGGAGAUGCUGCAGAGCCAGAGCACACAGGCGUCCCAGCCCAUUGCCAGCAGCAGCGCUGGUGGAAUGAUCUCCUCUGCUGCUGCCUCAGUGACCUCGUGGCUGAAGGCCUACACCGGACAUCGCUAACGAGCCUGGGAAAAGGGCCACAGGAUUUAUGGACGGAGUCCCUCCCCGACAAUGCUGUAGUAAACCUUUACAUAUUCAGUUAAGUAGUGCCUGGAACAGAGUAAAGGUCAGACUUGCGUUUUGUAAACCAGACAAACCUUUUUAUUUACCCAGGAUGACUGUGACGGUACCGUUUUGUAAAUUAGCUAGCUACGUUCUUCUGACGGAGUCCCCGAGGGCACCUGGUGUCCUGGUUCUGGCUGCAUUGUGGAGUGCCAGGGAGAAGGGAGCCGGCGGCCUCCAGCUCUACUUUCUGAAGAAGGAACUGAGUUUGGAGUGUUCGGAUCUGGAUGAGCACAGAGGGGAAGGCUGCUGGGUGCGCAGCAUGGACGCUGGUGCAAAUGCAGCUCACGUUUUCUUAACUCCUUAGCAGGGUUUUUUGUUUUGUGUGUGUUUUAAAUCUCGUCUUGCAUAAUGCAAAAAUGCGUUAUUUCUAAAUUUUUUUCAUUCAGGACAUGAAAAUGAGGCAUUUUUAACAUGUUUUCUAAUCUCCGUUGCCAUAUUUUUAAUACAAAGAAUCAGCAUGGACAGGCAUUCAGGCAGCAGAUUUGCUCUUGGUUUAGAUCUGGUUGUGAAUCUUGACCCAGUUUUGCUGUAGGAAACUAGCUUGUUUCAUGCUGCUUCCACUGGUAGGUAGUCUCUUAAGUUCUGUGUUGUGCUGUCCAAAGCACACAGGCUCUUUUACUCUGGAUAUCAUACACCAAAGAAACACUGGACGUUCUCCUAGCCCGACCCACCUUCAAUGCCAAUACAGGAUUGCCUUGUUGCAAUAAUGUCUAUCCAUCAGUUCCCACACCCCACUGUCACUUUUUAAUAUUAGCUACUUUUAACUUAGUCACCCCCUUUCUACACUACACAUGUUUCCAAUCCCCUCCCUGGAGGUUUUUGAGGCCAGGUUGGAUGAGGCCUUGAGCAGCAGGAUCUAGGGGAAGAUGUCUGCCCAUGGCAGGGGGGUUGGAACCAGAUGAUCUUCAAGCUCC